AUGGCCAACGAAAGACCAUCCUCUCUGGCGUUAUUCUCUUUUGCGCGCGAGAAGACCAUCUGCUCUGAGAUCAGCUCCAUCCGACGCCCCAGCCAUGUGAGCACUUCUUCCAAGCCGGCCGAUGCGCAAGCAGCUUUCGAAAGCGAGAAGUCCAUGACUUUCCUUCAAGCUAUACGGUUAUACAAGAAGGCCAUUUUCUUUUCCAUGGCCAUGAGUCUGGCUGUAGUCAUGGAAGGAUACGACCUGGCGGUCAUUGGUAAAUUCCACGGAUACGACGCGUUCCGGAAGUCCUUUGGCACUGAAAUCGACGGCGAUGGAAACCCAAGAAUCUCGCCUGCCUGGCAAGCAGGCAUCCAGAACGGCGCGCAAGCUGGAUCCAUCAUCGGCCUCUGUAUCAACGGCUACAUCUCAGAGUGGUGGGGCUUCAAGAGGACCAUGUAUGUUUCGCUUUUUGCCGCAGUCUUGUUCAACUUUCUGCACUUCUUCGCGCGGGAUCUGAACGGGUUUUUAGCUGGCUCAGUCCUUUUGGGAUUGCCGUGGGGAGUCUUCCAGGCUCUUACCGUCACUUAUGCAUCAGACAUCACGCCAUCUGCGCUCCGGCCAUACCUGACGACUUAUAUCAACAUGUGCUGGGUGUUUGGUCAAUUAAGCGCGGCAGGUAUACUCCGUGCGUGCCACACCCUUGACAGCGCAUGGGGAUGGAGAAUCCCUAUAGCUCUCCAGUGGGCGUGGGUGCCAUUCAUUCUUGCGGGAGCAUGGUUCGCACCAGAAUCCCCGUGGUGGUUAGUUCGCAAAGGCCGGUACGACGAGGCUCGGGACUCCAUUAUCCGAUGCACGACGCCACAGCCAGACGUACCUUUCAACCCAGACCACGUUCUUGAAAUGAUCAUGCACACAAACGCCCUCGAGGAAACAAUGCACAGCGGCACCAGCUACUUGGACUGCUUUAAGUGCUUUGAGAGACGCCGGACGCUCAUCGCAUGCAUGGUCUGGCUCGCACAGGCUUGGUGCGGCGCUGCUAUGAUGGGCUUCUCAGUACAGAUCUAUCGUGAAGCCGGCCUGUCCGCUGAGCAUGCGCUGAACCUAAGCAUUGGGCAGUAUUGCAUGGGCGCUGUGGGUACUGUCGUCUCCUGGUUCCUCAUGAGUCGCAUCGGACGCCGGACGCUGUACGUGUACGGCUUGUGUAUUUUGUGCGUCCUCCUGAUGGUGGUUGGCGGACUGGGCGUCAUAUCGCGCGAGAACUCGAGCGCGGCAUGGGGUCUUGGCUCAAUCCUGCUGGUCUACACCAUGUUCUACAACAUCACGGUCGGACCCGUGUGCUAUGCGAUUGUAUCUGAGAUCUCGUCGACGCGGUUGAAGAUCAAGACUGUCGUUCUGGCUCGGAACAUGUACAAUCUUGUAAGUCUCAAGACCUCAAUCUCCAGCUCUGGCGCAGCGCUGACAUUCUUGCAGGGAAGUAUCUUCAACAACAUCGUCGUGCCUCGCAUGCUCUCACCGAACGAAUGGAAUUGGGCUGGCAUGACGGGCUUCUUCUACGCGGGGCUUACUGUCCUGCUCAUCCUCUUCAUGUACUUCAUGCUCCCGGAGACGAGGAAUCGGUCUUUUGCAGAGCUGGAUGUGCUGUUUGAGAAUAAUGUCUCGGCCAGGCAGUUCCAUAGGAUAGAUGUCGAUCAGUUUGCUUUCCAGCAUGAGGUCAAAGUUGAUUAUGCAAGCCACAUGGCACGUAGUGAGGAUGGUGUUGGUGUGGCUGUGUAG